UUUAGAAACAUAUAAAGCCUGCAGGUCAUCUUUUCACGAACUGAUUUGUUAUAAAUUUCUCAAGUAAACCUACAUUUGUUGGAGGAUCUUUUCACAUAAAAUAAUAUAAAGGAUGUCAAACCUGGGACAAUUUGACUCUGAUUUUUACCAAUCUAAUUAUACCAUUGAUAAUCAGGAGGAGGGUUGUAAUGAUUCUACUGCCUAUGGAAAUCUUUAUGGAUCUAGAAAACAACAAGCCAGUGAGCAGCCUCAGCCUGCCUUUGUCCCACCGGAGAUGCUCAUGUCAUCGGGUUACGCUGGACAAGUGUUUCAGCCAGGAUCCAACCCAGAUUGUUAUUCACAAUCUCCUUACAUUGACAGUUUCGAUGAAGAGCCUCCUUUGCUAGAAGAACUUGGAAUUAAUUUUGAUCACAUAUGGCAAAAAACCUUGACAGUGUUAAACCCACUGAAGCCAGCAGAUGGCAGCAUUAUGAAUGAAACCGACCUCGCUGGGCCCAUCCUGUUCUGCGUGGCGCUGGGAGCCACUCUGCUCCUGGCAGGAAAAGUUCAGUUUGGUUAUGUGUAUGGCAUGAGCGCCAUUGGCUGCCUAGGGAUUCACACGUUACUGAACUUGAUGAGCUCAUCAGGAGUGUCCUGCGGCUGCGUGGCCAGUGUGCUGGGUUACUGCCUGCUCCCCAUGGUCAUCCUGUCCAGCGGCGCCAUCUUCUUUUCACUGCAAGGCACAAUUGGAACCGUGUUGGCACUGGUCAUCAUUGGCUGGUGUAGCCUCUCAGCUUCCAAAAUCUUCAUUUCGGCCUUGGACAUGGAAGGACAACAGCUUCUCAUUGCCUAUCCUUGUGCCUUACUUUAUGGACUUUUUGCCCUCCUAACUGUUUUCUGAAGAAUAUUUGAGAUGGCAUUACAAGAUUCUAUUUGCUGUUCAGAUUAUUCUGGGAAUGUAUUAGCAUUCAAAUUUGGUAAUGUGAUUUCUGUAUUAUUGCUGCUGAGAGAAUAACAACAGAAAGACAAAAUAGCACUUAAGGAUGAUGCCCUAAUAGCAUGCUUGCUUUGAAUGAUGUUUUGCUUUUCGGUUUGGUGCAUUAAAACUUUUAACAUACUUUAAAAUAAAAGAGAGAAAGUUGUUAUAUUGAUGGGCCCUGCUUUUCUCAAUAGAUGUAUUUCUGAGAAAUUGUAAGUAAAUAAAAUCCUAUGCUGACUGGAUAAAUAGUUAGCCUUUUGAGAUAACUUCAUGACGACUCAAGCUGUGUGCAUGUAGUUAAAAGUCACACACCUUUGGAGAAUUGCAGGGGUGGGUUAUAUAGGGUUUUAUUUACCUGAGAUUCAAAUAACCUUUUGUCUUUCACUUCACUUACUUUGGUAACAGUUGUUUGGUCUCAUUUGGACAAUGCAACAACUCAUCGCAUUUUCCAGGCCUCACUUCCUUCUUACUUGUUUUAGAUGCCAUGGUCCAUUACUAUAAUGUUUCCUCUACAUAUAUCCUCAGUAACGCUGCCAUUUGUUCCCUCAAUAGAUGAAUGUGAGGAAAGGAAAUUCCACUUGUUUCAGUUUAAUUAUGUUACUGUGUCUUAUAAUGGCUCCUCAUACUACCUUUUGAAUCCUACUACAUUACCCUAUUAAAUUUGCUUUUACAUUUUCUGAGAUGAUUAUGUUAAACCAUUUCUUCAUUGCUCAAAUCUCCAAUAUUCCUUCCUUAUUUCUCACUGUAAAUUGAUGACCUUUCUUCUGAUUUUAUUGAAAAAUGGAAACAUCCAGAAGAAAAAUGCUUUAUA